CAACUGGUACUGAGAAUCCUCACAUUCUUGUGGGGCGGCUAUGAAGAGACAGCUGUGGAAAGUCUGUUGAAGUCCUUUUUCCACUAAAAGACAAAGCAACUGGACCUAAAUAUCCCAGUUGUAACUGUGAAUAUUUCAGCAUCUCUGCAGGUAAAAUGAGAACCUUGAGGUUGUUUUUCAUUGGACUCAUCUUCAUCAUGGACAUGUCCCUUUCGUCUUCAGAUGAAUGCCAGCAGGAGACAGUACGGCUGCGGGCCCAGCUGAAGACUCUGGAGGUGCAGUUGAUGAAACAGCAGCAGCAGCUCAUCCAGACUCUCGGCAGCCAGAGGACUGAGCAGCUGGCUUUAGACCAGGACACCUUCCAUGACCUGGGAGAUCAUCAGUAUAGAGACUGUGCCCAGAUUUUCAACGCUGGGAACAAAGGCAGUGGGUUCUACACGAUCAGACCCAUGGCGAGCCCGGGCCUAGUCAGGGUCUACUGUGACAUGACUGAAGGGGGCGGAUGGACAGUCAUCCAGAGACGCUCAGAUGGCAGCCAGUCUUUCAACAGGCCCUGGAGUGAUUAUCAGCGGGGGUUUGGUGACCUGCAGUCAGCCAGAGGAGAGUUCUGGUUGGGGAAUGACAACUUACAUUACCUAACUUCACAAGGUGACUACAAUCUGAGGAUCAACUUAGCUGACUUUGAGGGAGUACAACGCUAUGCAGUGUACAAAAACUUCAAAGUUGCAGAUGACAAGGAGUUUUACCAGCUUCAUUUUGGUGAGUUCUCUGGUGACUCAGGUGACUCUCUGUCAGGCAGUUACCACCCACAGGACCAGGGGUGGGCCAGUCACCAGGGCAUGAAGUUCAGCACCUACGACAAAGACAACGACCGCUACGAACGCAACUGUGCCCAGGAGGACAAGGGAGGCUGGUGGUUCAACAGAUGUCACUCUGCCAACCUGAAUGGCUACUACUACCAAGGUGCCUACAGUGCUGUGACAGACAGUGGAGUAGUCUGGUACACCUGGCAUGGCUGGUGGUACUCCCUCAAGUCUGUAGUCAUGAAAAUAAGGCCGGCUGCUUUUGAGCCCAAUAUUGUCUGAUCCUGUGGAUACAAUCCAAUUAAAGUAGGCUAAAACAGUGUAUUAUUUAGUCACAUUUUAUCACAUAAGCUAUGCAAGAAGCAGAAGUGUUUGAAUGAAUUCCUGAUCACAAUUAUGUGCUCUUAUCAUUCUCAAUAAGUGCCUUGCUUGCAAAUCUGAUUAAACGAUUCCUUAAAAUGUU